AUGAUUCUUGUGUUCCUUGCAUUGAUAGCGGCGGACAACAUUGAAAUAAAAAGAAGCGCAUUCGAUUUUCUGGAGCUUGGAAGCCAAACAGUAGUGUCUUCAGGAAAUGGCUCAGGUGCCGAGUGGGACUGGGUCAAAAUAUCAUUUUCUGGAGAUCACAGAUAUGUUCUUGAUGAAUAUGAGCCAAGGAAGUUCAGGCUGAUGGAUGCCACUGAGUAUGCUGAGGAAGCGGAGCAGAUGGUGUUCAGGAUUGACUUUGAGAAGAAGUAUUAUGCAAUGAUAUCUUCUGCAUGGGCAAUGGUUUUUACAAUUGUUGUGAUCACAGGAUGCAUGUUCUUGAUGCCGAUGAAAGGAGUGUGGUAUGGUAAGAAAUUCUAG